AUGAUUCAGUGGGAGCUGCUGCUGCAUCUCUUGGGCCGUCCGCUUCUGCUGCCGUCAUACUCUGCGAAGGAUGAGCAGCGGCAGCAGCAGCAGCAGCAGCAGCAGCAAGUGCUGCUAGAAGACAAGGCACUCGCCCGCCUUGAAGCCAUACUUUUCUCUUCUGCUGCUUCACCAGCAGCAGCAGCAGCAGCAGCAGCAGGAGCAGCAGCAGCAGGAGCUGCUGCUUUUCCAGGGCUGCAAAAUGCUGCUUCUGUUGCUGCUGUAGCCAAUGCUGCAGCUGUACUGCGGCGUAGGAGAGUGUUCCCGCGUCGCAAGCAGCAGCAGCAGCAGCAGCUGCUGCUGCAGCAGCAGCAGCAGCAGCUGCUGCUGCAGCAGCAGCGGAUAUUAUCACCGCGGCAGCAGCUGGUGCAGCAGUUUGCUGCUGAUGCGGAGACGCUAGACAGCUUCUAUGAGGGGCUGCGGCGGCCUUACGUACUGCAGCAAGCAGCAGCAGCAGCAGGUGCAGCAGCAGCAACAGAUGCAGCAGCAACUGCAACGGAUGCCGCAGCUGCUGCAGCGGAUGCAGCAGCUGCAACAGGAGCAGCAGCAGCAGCGGAUGCAACAGCAGCUGCCGAUUCAGCAGCAGCAACAGAUGCAGCAGCAGCAGUAGGUGCUACAGCAGCAACAGGUGCAGCUGCAGCAACAGGUGCAGCAGCAGCAACAGAUGCAGCAGCAGCAGCAACAGAUGCAGCAGCAGCAGCAGCAGCAGAAGCUCCCCAUCAAAUUGGUCUCGGUGUCUGCCUGGCUGGCAAUAUGCUGUCGCUUUUCUCUCUGCGUCGGCAGCGGCUCGAUGCAGCAGCAGCAGCAGCAGCAGCAACAGCAGCAGCAGCAGCAGCAACAGCAGCAGCAGCAGCAGCAACAGCAGCAGCAGCAGCAGCAGCAGCAGCACCAAAACUUGCAUGCCCUUUGUGGCUGCUAGUAUCUCUGCGUCUCUGCGGCUGGGGCUGUCCCUUCGAUUUGCUGCGCGCCAGUCUCCUCACCCCUGAAGAGCAGCGGGGGCAGCAGCAGCAGCAGCAGGAGCAGCAGCAGAAGGAGCAGCAGCAGCAGAAGGAGCAGCAACAACAACAACAGCAGCAGCAGCAGCAGGAGCAGCAGCAGGAGCAGCAGCAACAGAAGCAGCAGCAAAAGCAACUCUGCGCUGCUGUGUCUGUGGAUGAAGUGCUGAGGCGACAGCUGGCGGGCUUGACGGAAGGUUGGGCUGUCGAUGCGUUCUGCACAGCGGCCCUCGCCUCUCCCUUGCGAGGUCUCUCAGAUCUGCUGCAGCUGUACCUGCCCCCGGACGCGGAGGUAGCAGCAGCAGAAGCAGACACAGCAGCAGCAGCAGCAGCAGCAGCAGCAAACCCAGUAGCAACAGCAGCAGCAGCAGAUGAAGACAGCGACUCUGAAGAUUGGGAUUCAGACAGCGAUGACGACGACGACGACAAUGCCUUCUCCGGUCUCUGGGCGCACAAGCACACAGAUGAGGAGAUGCUUAUACUGAAUGCUCUCUCUCUCAACACGCCGCUGCCCCUGCGCCUCAUCGGCGCCAUCAGAAGCUGCAUAACGGAUGACUCUGAGCUGCUAGAGGAGACAGAAGAAGAACGCCUCAGCCCCGCAAGCAGCAGCAGCAGCAGCAGCAGCAGCAGCAGCAGCAGCAGCGGGUUUUCUUUGAAGCGCGGGGACCUUCGGUGGCUGCUGCUGACCCUCAACCGUCUGGCCUGGUUGCUGCUGCGUUCUGCAUGCUCAGCAUCUAGCCCCCAGCUGAAUGAGCAGCAGCAGCAGCAGCAGCAGCAGCAGCACUCAUCUCUUGCUGCUUUCUUACCGCAGUCGGUGGUAGUAUCUACCCCUACCUCAAGCAGCAGCAGCAGCAGCAGCAGCAGCACAACGAGCAGCAGUUUCUUCCGCCUCAGCAACAACAGCAGCAGCAGCAGCAGCAGCAGCAGCAGCAGCAGCAGCAAGAAGAAGAACAAGAAAGGGGGCAGAGAGUGUCUAUGGCGGCUGGUUCCGUGCGUGCUGCGGGAGCUGCUGGACCUCAACAGCAGAAUACAGCUCGUUGACGACGCAGAGCUCGUGCUGCAGGACGGCCCCGCAUCUCUCAUUCUGUCUGCUGCAGCGGGGCAGCGGCUGCCGGCUCUGUGGGAGUGUUUAGUGUGGUGCAUGCGGGGCGGGGAUGCUGCUGCAGACACCAGCAGCAGCAGCAGCAACAGCAGCAGCAGCAGCAGCAGCAGCAUGUCCCCUGCUAAUGCUGCAACACGCACUCUCCUGCCCCCAGCAGCACUCAGACUCUCCAACCUACCCACCCGUCUCCUCGCCUCUUCUCUGGUUUAUGUACCCCACACGAUUGGAUUCCCUGAUAGACUCGCGGUCUUCUAUCAGCUGCUGGCGUAUGAACGCGGGGACUCGUCUUCGGCGUAUUUACACCGCCGCUGCUUUCAGAUCAGAAGAACACAUAUCGUUGAAGAUGGGCUGUCGGCGCUUCUUAAUGGAGACGUAACGCGGGGCUUUCAGGUGGAGUUUAUAACUGCUGAGGGGACACCAGAGGCAGGCAUAGACGGCGGCGGUCUCCUCAAGGAGCUCAUAGUGGAGUUGUCUCGCUGCGCCUUCGACCCCGCCUAUGGUCUCUUUUACGUGUGUCUCUUCUCUUUCUCUGUUUCUUCUUUUUUUAAUAUUCUUUUUCUUCUUAGCUAG